GCUGGCUCCCACACCUUCCUGCCCCAGGAUCCUGAACCACCACAUGGCCUUGCAGAGCUUUCCAAGGACUACAGAGAGGAGCACACAGUGCAUAAGGAGAAAUACAAACCAGGCACAGCAAUGGAGAACUUGAAUGCCCUACUCCCAGACCUUACUGAAGAGCAGCAAGACAUUUUCCGGAGGGCUUUUACUGCUGAUGCCAGUUACUUGCAGAAUCAUGAGAAAAUAAACAAGUCCUUCUGGGAAUCACUUGUGAAAUGUUUAGCCACUAUCGACCCACCUGUCCUGGGUACUGAAGACAAGAAUCUCGUCAACAACUACAAUGUCCCACCUGCAGGCUGUGCAGCCUGCCUGAGAGCCAUAGAGGAGGAAGGAGUGAGGGCCAUUGCUGUUCUCUACCUCUUGCUGAAGACAAGGAACCCAUCUGGAUAUAGGCAGCUGCCCAGCUCCAGCGGAAAGGAUGAAAAACUGAAACUCCUGGAGAGAUUAGAAAGAAAUCUUGUGCAUUCACAAGGGGAUAAAAAGGCUGAAAACUCAUCCCAGGAGUCCACAGAUGAAGAUACACAAGACAGUGAUGGGGAAGAUUUAGGAAGACAGAAGACUGAAGGCCAGUUACUUGGAGGUGUACCAGCGGAGGUCGUUCCCUACACAGAUUCAGAGAUUACCAGAAGAGAAGAUUCAAUUGCAGAUGCAUAUGACGAGAACACUCGCCUCCAUCAGUGGACAGUUCGAUGGAUGGGUAUACGGAAGGAUGAUGAAUUUUUUCAUUUUGUAAUUCUUUGCUUUGCAAUUGGGGCUUUACUAAUUUGCUACUACUACUACAAAGAUUGGACUAUUUCUCUUGGAACUGGUUUGGUCACCUUUGCUUCCUUGGAAACCACUGGGAUCUACUUUGGUCUAGUGUACCGAAUUCGGAGUGUACUUAACAGCUUUGUUCCUCUGAUUGACCAAUUCAGGCUAACAGGUAUGAGGAAGGCUGACUAGAGGAGUAUUUCAAGAGAGUUCCACAGAACCCUGAUGUCAGAAUUUCUAGUAUUAAAAGAGCUGCUUUAUGAGGUGAACACAGAAACCUAAUGGCUAAUGUGAAAUAAUGAAAUGUUAAGCUAUAGGAAGACGUAAUUCCUUCCCCACAAAAAUAAAGCUGAAACUUCAGUACAGGGUCCUACUC